UGAUGUUUAAACUAUUAAGAGAGAAAUUGAAUAAUUAAAAGAUAUGUAUAUUAUUCUCGAUCAUACACGUACUGUUAUGAUGGUUGUUACUGAUGGAUCAUUACCAUCUAAUGUUGGUGGAGGUUCUAAUAUUAGAAAUAUUAUCAGAAGAGUCUUUGCUGUCUUAAAAAAAAAUAAUUGGUGGGAUAAAUUAGGAAUGGAUGGAUUAUUAUAAUUAUUUUAAGAACAUAAAAAUGAUUUGGCUAAACUCUAUGGACCAUUUGGAGAAUAUAAGAGUUUUGAUCAAAUCAUUAAAUAAGAAUAUGAAAGAUGGGCUAAAACUGAUGAUGAUAAGAAGGUUAAAUUAGAAAAGUUAUUAAAAUAAAAGAAUAAUUAAUUAAGUAUUGAUGAUUGGAUCUUUGCUAUGAGUACUCAUGGUAUACCUGCUGAUACUAUUAGUUAAAUCAGUAAAUUGCCUAUCCCUGGUAAUUUGUAUGCUGAAUUGGCAGAUAGAGCAGCCAGAAUUACUAAAGCACCUGAAGCUAUUCUUUAUAAUACUGUUCAUCUACCUGAAACAACCAAUUUAUAUUAUCAAACACCUAAGGAUGGUAAAUUUUAAGCCAAAAUCGUUACAAUCUUCAAUAAUGUCUAACAGUAGAAUAUUCCAAACAUUGUAAUUUUGAACUAAUCUGCCUUUUAUCCAUUUGGUGGUGGUUAAGACUAUGAUUAAGGUUGGUUAACAAUCUCAGGAGAAAGAUAUUCUGUUAACAAUGUUUAAAAAGUGGGAAAGGUAGUUUUACAUAUAUUAGAAAAACCCUUACCAAAUGCUGUUGAUACAUAUGUGGGUUAAGAAGUGUUAGCUGAAAUAGAUUUGGAAAGAAGAUCAAUAUUGAGAAAUCAUCAUACAGCUACUCAUAUUGUAUUUGCAGCAUGUAGAAGAGUACUUGGUCCUCAUGUUUGGUAAAAUGGUGCUCAUAAAAGUGUGAAUAAUGCACAUCUCGAUAUUACUCAUUUUGCACCUUUGACAAAAGAAUAAGAGUAAGCAAUAGAGAAUGAAGUUAAUAAAAUAAUUUUAUCUGCAAAAUAAAUUAAUAAAGGAUUUAUGAAUAAGGCAGAUGCAGAAAAAGAAUAUGGAUUCAGAUUAUAUCAAGGUGGUAUAGUACCAGGAAAUGAGUUAAGAGUAGUGAACAUAGAUGGAGUAGAUGUUGAAGCUUGUUGUGGUACCCAUUGUGAUAGCACAUCAGAAGUGGGAUGGGUGAGAAUAUUGAAAACUUAGAAAUUGUAGGAUGGUGUAGUUAGAUUGUAUUAUGUAGCAGGAGUGAAAACUAUAGAGGUUCUUAAUUCUGAGGGAGAGAUGAUCAAUUAAUUAGUAAAGUUGUGGUCUAUAUCUAAAAAUUAAUUAGUUGAAGAGGGUAGCAAGAUUUUCUAAGAGAAGAAGCAUUUCGAAUCAGCAUAUAAUGUAUGAUAGGAUAAUAAUAUAAUAAUAGUAAAUAAAGGCAGAGUUGAUAAAGUCAUAAAUGAAAUAUGUUAUUGAUGGUCCAAAUUAGAGAACAGUGAUAAAUUCAAAUGAACCAAAUCCCACUGCUUAUUUCAGUGAGAUUGGAAAGUAUAUUUAAUAACUGAAGGACUCAAAGAAGGGGUUGUUAUUUGUUGCAGAGACUUUCAUUUAUGGUGCAUUUGGAGAAUCUAAUUUCAAUGUAGAAGAGUUAAGUAAAUAAAUAGAAGAGGAAGGAUAAUAAUUGAAAGUAAAUAAAUAGAAUAAGAUCAGUGUUAAAGAUGGGAAGGUAUGAUAUGUUAUUUGAUAUUGUAGAAAACUACUCAAGUGAAUGAUGUUUUAACAUUUUCAAUUUUAGGGAAGUUCAACAAGAACAAAGCAUUAAAAUAUCUAAAGGAGCAAGGUUUUGCUUAAUUUUGAGAUAAUAAUAUAUUACAAAAGAUAAAUAU